AUAAGCCUCAGCUCUCCAUCCUCGCACAACCAUCUUAAGAAGCGGAAGGCUCCAGCACCUCCACCAACACCGUUGCCUGAACCAGUUAUUUCCACUCCUGUGCCUACUGCAUCUGUGCGGGCCACAUGUGUCCCGGUGCCAGUUGAAAGGACCCUGCUGCCAGCUCCCAGAGCCUCAACUCCAGCCGAUGAUUCUGAUUUGAGCCAUAGUAUUGAGGAUUCAGAGCCGGCCAGGUCCAUCUGUAGUAGCUCCAGCAGUGAUGUAGCUGCGGGAUCAAGCAGCAGUAGUCUAGCUGAAGAAUCUGUAACACAUCAGGUUCAUGUGAUAGCUGCAUACACCACAUAUACACCAGAACCUGAAACAGUUCCUGAACCUAAGCCUGGACCUGAACCUGAACCUCAACUUAAACCUGAACCUAAACCUGAAGACAAGGAAGAAGCAGCUCCUCAGACUCCAAAAGAACCUCCUCAAGAACCAGGUCCAAGUUCAGAGGAUCAAAUGGAAGAAGACCCAGGGCUAGAGAUGGAGCUAAAAAUGGAAGAGAUGGAAAAUAACCGUAAUAGUGGAAUAGCCUGGCUGCAUUCAGCACAUGAUUCUGUGUCAGAGAAGAUGGCAGAACAGGAAGUUGAAACAGCAUCUGUCGCCAGCAAUGAGAGUUUUGCAGACCAGGGCUACGCAGCAUCAGAGGGCAUGGCUGAGGAGUCCGUCCCAGUCUCUCCCUCCAAAAAGAUGCAAUCUGUGUCACCCAUGUCUUUAAACAGUAGCUCAGCUCUGCCUGGUAACCAGUCCAAAGACUCAUCCAGUGACAGUGAUGAGGGUUGUGCAACCUGGGGCUCCAGACAAAGUAGCGGAAAUAUUCAGCGAGGACAUCAGUCAAUCAAGAGACAAAAUGGAUAUGAAGAAGAUCCAGAGAUUGCUGCUCAGAUUCAGCUUACCCUAGCUGAUCUAGAUGCAAAUCUGGCAGAAAUUAAUCACUCAGAAGUAACAACUGUGUUUGUGGAUGAUGAAAUACCUGUGUCCAUUGUUGACAUGGACAUUCCAGUGACAACAAUUGAUGAAGUUCUUGAUGAUGACCGGUGCUGCUCGAGUGAAUGCAAUGCAGCAAUGUUACACAGCUCUCAAGACAUCACCAGCAAGUUGUGUGCACCAAGUGAAGCUAUCGAAAACAAAAACAAUAAUGACUGCGGGACAGAGCAGAAACAGUCUGUCCCCGAAAGAAGUCCACCUCCAGACAUAAAGAACCAGUCACAAGAGACUACACUCACAGUUAUUGAGAAAACCAUGAAGCCAUCUCCAACCAAUGAGAAGCCAUCACAAGAUACUAAGCUUGUGGAACAGAAGCGAGACACUAUGGAACAGAAAGCUGUCUUUAACGCUGAGACUAAGAGUAAAGCUGUAACUGAAGAAUUAAAGAGUCAGAAAGACAAAGUAUCACAGAAGUCCCAAAAUGUUGUGCGUCCUGCUGUUCAAAGCAUUCAAAAGCUUCCUGACGAGAGGCUGGCUACAGCACCUAUGGUUCGGAGGUUAAGUACAGACACUGCUUAUGAGGAAAGGACACCUAUUACCAGAGUCCCAACAACUCAGGGUAAGAUCACCCAGAGUUCCUUCUCUCGCUUUGGAAUGAAAACCUUCACUGUCAUCCCUCCCAAACCAACUGUGUCUCAGACCAAGCCUACAGGUUCUCUAGUCAUAGGUGCCAUUAAGAUAGAUGAACAGGGGAACAUGGUUACUCAGAAACAAAUUUCCACUGGCCCAAAGAAAAAUGGUAAUCCCACUGUUGAAGGUAGUACAGAAACAUCCCCUCUGGACAAAGCCAAAGCAUUCUGGAGCACUGCAGAGAAGCAAGACCAAUCAACUACAAUCAACCAGGCACCCAUAUCAAACAAUAGAGAUACUGAUGUGUUCAAACCCUUGAUUGUGUCUGAAGUCUCUAAACUUUCAGUGGAAACACCUCCUGAAGAAACACACAAAGAGGUAAUUAUAUUGGAAAGGAAGCCCAUAUCUGUAGUGGCAAGUAGGCCUUCAAACCCAGAGCCUGCGGAAAAUCCUUCUAUAUCAGCUGAAAGGCGAGAUUUCUCUUUUCUUAUACCCUCCAGAAGAACCUCCAGCCAAUACGUAGCUUCUGCCAUUGCUAAAAACAAUAGCAUUAUCAACACAAAAGCAGAUGUCAAGCAGGCGCCAUCGGAGUCGAUUGUUGGUGUUCAAAAACCUGCUACUGCUUUCAAACCCCUCGAAAAUUCAGUUCCUUCUUUUGGACACCCUAAACACCUGCAUAGUUACCUCAGUCAUGUUGCAGAAAAGCCACCAAGUUCUGAGAGUAUAAGCAGUGUUGAAAAAGGCACUCUGCGUGGGGAAGACAGAACCAAAGCUCUGGACUCACAUCCCCUAAAUAUCAAAAUCCAGCCGUCUACACAUAUGUCUGCUCACAUUAAACCCAUGGAAUCUUUCUCUGAAGAAGCCACAUCAGUCAGUAAACUCCCAGACACCUCUGCCAGACAGACGCCAACAGACACCACACAUCCAGCACUUACAAAGAUGCCAGAGUUACACAAAUCUGAGAUUCCAUCUGAACCAAACCAGGGUAAAUUUUUUGGACCAGUUAAGAAGUUCAAGCCUGUUAUUUUUAAGCCUGUACAGAAGGAAACUUCUAUCCAUGGCUCGCUAAUGGAGGCCAUACAGUCUGGAGAGGGCAUUGAACGGCUCAGAAAGGUGCCUGACUUGUCUACGAAGAACACAGUUAGAAAGCUGUCUAAAAAUGAUGCAGACAAUGAGCAUUCAGCGCUUCUUUCUGCAUUAAGAGCUCCAAGCAACUCUGCGAGAUUAAAGAAGACCAAAUCAGGAGCAGCUAAGGAGUUGGAGCAGCUCAGAAAGCUUGAGGAAGAAAGAAAUGUCCAGAGAGAUGAUAUCUCACCUCAUUCCACUUCUUCUCCUGCUUUUGUGCCACCCCCACCUCCAGCCUUUGGUCCUCCCCCACCUCCACCUCCAGCUCCAGUCAAGCCCCCUCUAGUGCUGCCUGCUGGAAGAAACCCUGAGGUGGCCCGAGAGGCUCUUCUGGAGGCCAUCCGCUCAGGAUCUGGGGCUCAACGACUGAGGAAGGUCCCUGUCACACAGACAAGACGGCAAGUGAAUGGAAGACUUGGAACCAUCCAGGCAACAUCACCGCUUUCUUAUGGACACUAGAACCCUUCACUGGAUCACCGUUUGGGUUUACCCAUCGCCAAAUCUGGUGUUUAAGCAUUUGUGCUAAUGCUGUUGCAGAUAAUGCUAACACAAUAUUCACAUCCUUCUUCAUAGUUAUAUGCUGCUUCACAUCAGUGCCAAUACUAAUUUGCCUAGAUUCAGGCAGUUUGUGUCCUACUGACUGACAUUCUAAUGAUGAGAUUGAAGUUUUUUUUGUAAAUGCUGCUUUGAGGUGUUUUUUUUUUUUUUUUUUUUCAUAUGGCUGCCUGACUUCUAUAUCUCUAUCAGUAUUAUACCUGAAUAUAUUAUGCAGGUAUUUGCUGUUGCAUCACAGUAUAGGUGGUGGGAUGCAAUUAAAUCCACCUGCCAAUCACAGCAGUCUGUCCUUUUUUUUUUCUUUUUUUUUUUUUUCUGUUUUUAAAGGAACACUAAGUGGUGGAAAACACAGAGAUUUUUAUUUAAUUGUUAUUAUAAAGGUGUUUCUCUUAAUGUUUUGUUAUUUUCCAAAUAUAUACAUAUUGAUAAUUAGAUCAGAAACCAUUUUCAUUAGAAAAGUGGACUAGAAAAUUAUUUAUCGACAAUGAAUCCUUCUUGACACUCUUUGAAGCAUUGUGCAGAAGAUACAGAUGCUGUAUAUUUGACCAACACUAAUGCACUUUCUCAAAGACUUAAUUAUUUUGAAAGCCUUAUAGAUACUGUAUGAUUGGACAUAAUGUAAUCAAUUCCUUUUUAUCAGUCUGCUGAACUGUGAUCUAGAGCUUUCAUGGUAAUUCAGCUUUAAUUUAUUUAAUUGGGAAAAUCACACACUACUAUAAUUAGAAUAAUUUGAUUUAUAUAUUUACACGAGUUGAAAAUGUAUUUAUGUCGUAGCAAUUUAGCACUAUAGUCUGUAUGACUGUUUGCCUGUACAGUGGUAAUCUUAUUGAAUAAAUGACUUGGAUAUCAGUCAACAGAUGGAUAUUUUGUAAAAAAGAAAUAUAUAUAUAUAUAUAUAUAUAUAUAUAUAUAUAUAUAUAUAUAUAUAUAUAUAUAUAUAUAUAUAUUUACACUAAUAAAUUACACUAAUAUAGCUAAAUCUGACACUAAACCAUUAGUGUAAGGGAAAGAUUUUUAAAUAAUGCUUUUGUAAUUUUUUUUUUUUUUUUUUUUUUGCAACACAAACUGAAUCAAACGUGUAAAUCAAUCAAUAAAAAUGUUUUAGAGUCUCUCCGUUUACAUCGCUUGCAGUUAUUUUGAAAAAUAGCUAAUUGUAUGCAUACACUCUAAAAGAAAUGGCUGCAGGACUUUUUACAAUUUUAUAAACAGAUUAAUAAUGUUGUCUCCAAACUGUGCACUUCAUGUUAUUGUUUUAGUCUGGAUGCCAUUAGCAUUGCUUGUCAUAGUGUUGUCUAGCUUAGUAAAAUAAAACUUGAGCACCAAGCUGCAGACAUACAGUACAUUCAGAGAUUUCACAAUAACACAAAUGUGUUAAACUAAUUGUAAAAAAUUCUUAAAAAUGACAAAAAUAAAUGUAUAUUUGUAUCUUG